AUGGAGCCUUUACCAGCUUCUUAUUAUGGAGCUAUAGACAAAUCCAACCCUGUUAUAUCUGCAUUUGAGAAAAAUAUAAAAGAGUUAAAAGUGUUUAUGAAGAAAGUUCGGGAUUCUUCUAGCUUCGAUCACUUUUCUUAUUCUAGAGGAUCAUUGAAACUGUUUGACAUCUGGAAGAAACAUGAACAACUUCUUCCAAGCAUUUAUUACCAGGAGCAUCUAGUAUACAUCGCAGAUUUCCUUUCAGAAAAUAAAUUUUACAGACUGGCACUGUGGCAGGGAUACAGACGAUAUCUGCAACUGUUCUCGUUUGCCAGCUUGUACAAUAUCAGAAAUGUGGAACAGUUCAAACAGGCCUUUUUCCCACAUGGCCUUCAUGCUGCUGAAGCUCAGCUUAUGUUUCGUGCUCUACAGGGAGAGUGCCUGUGCACCUUUCACUUGGAACAAGAGCGAUGGAACCACCACGAUCACAGCAGGUUGGAAAAGCUGCUCAGCAUUUUGGGAUUUUUGCGCAUCAUGAUGCAAACCAUCCUGCCCCAUGAGAACUUAUCCUGGUUAUUAUACAAUGGCUCUUUAAAUAUAUACAACAUAUGCAGAUUUCUUAUGACGGUGGGCCAUGCUGCACAGGCUUUAGAGUAUUUGCUGUGGGCUUGUGUGUGUCUGGAGACCUGUAUUCCACUGCUGACACCUAGGUUCCUGUGCUGGAGGGCCACACUGUACUGCGCUGUGUGUGAAUGUUACUAUGAUGGCCAAGCUGCGGUUCAGGCAGAGGUGUUUGCUAGACGUGCUCUUGGUAAAAUAAGUGAACUAGGGAAGCUGGAGGAGUUGAGUGGCUUGCCAUCAACACAAGAGACACAGCACGCAUUUAGAGAGGCCACUAUCAAACUUGCAGUGAUGGUAUUUAAACGAUCAGUCUAUGAAACACGAAGGAAACCAAAGGGAAUCUUCAGGCCAAAACAGAAGAACAAUCUCAAAGAAGGUCACAAUAACACAUGGCCACGUUCAGCGACAGAGCGCAUCCUGAUGGAAAUGUUUGUGGGGAAUGCUGCUCAGUUUCUGGCAGUCUUGGAGGCUUUGUGGGACAGUUCCCGCAGACCCCUGCAGACUGGCAUACCAGACGAGACUGAGAUCCAGGAGGUGGCACUUGAGCUCAUGUCAGCCGGCAUCAGCUUACUUUCUGGAAAUGGUGGCUCCUCAGAUCGAGUCCAUAAUGAUAGUCUGCCUCUGUCUAUAAAUGCUGUUACACCUACCUUCAACCUAAUGAAAAAGGCAAUAGCUGGGGAGAAUCAAAUAUCUAUGGACGCCGCAGUAAAGUUUGUGAAGCUGCUGUUUAGAUAUGAACAGUGGGACAUGUUCAGCAGUCUUUCAGACAAACUUGUGACAGUGUUGUCUAACAUGGAAGGUUGUCUCUUCAGGAAGGCUGAGUUAGAGCUCAGUCUGUUGGAGGCCAUGGAACGUGUCAUAUCCGCUUACAAAGUCCGACUGGGCACCAAAGACAUCAUGACUGAGGCUCAAACUGAUAAGGACAAAACUGUGGGGAUUAUUACCAUGACGGAUGAGCUCCUAAACUUGGUUCAUAUUCUGCAUGUGUGCAUCUGUGAGGCACCAGAGGAUGCUCGGCCUGAUGGCGACCUGGUGCUGGACAUUGUGCUCUUCCUAUGGGCUAAAUGCAAGCUUGUGUUUCAGAGAUCUCAGUCCAGACACUACGACUCUAUAUGUUACCUGGCCAAGAUGGAGCAUCAAGAAAAGUGGGUGCAGACUCUGGUCCUGCUCUGUGAGGUGGCCUAUCUGUGUCAGCUGGCUAAUAUAGAUCCAUUGGCAGUGGCUGAGAUGACUCUUAGACUGGCCAUGGUGCUGGAGGCCGGUGCAGACAGUGCAUUACUGACUGAAUCAAAACAAGACACAAAUGAAGACAGCAGUCUGCCGUCUACUCCUGUUGAAAUCUUUACACUGUUUAUGAAGACUCGAGUGGAGCAUCUUGAGAUGGCGUCUGCUGUUCUGGAGAGAGGCCUGGAUUGUAUUUCUAGAAGCAGAACUGUGUUUUCUCCCUGUGAUGCCUCAGCAGUCUGUGACACUGUGUAUUUACAGAAGUUUUCUGAAACACAUGUGAGCUUGUCUGGAUGUAAAAAUAAAGAGAGCACUAACAAUUCAUGUGUGAGUUCUCUCUUAAUGGACCUGCAUGUUGAACUGCUGGCUUUCUACCACAGAAUAUCUCUCAGACUCCUAGAUGUUUAUCCAGAUGAAGAUAAUGCUGAAGGAAGAAAACGGCCUGGGAUUCAGAGUACCCAGCGACAAUCCUUAGAUUCACGCUCAGAACGAGCCAGAAUAGAAAAUGCACUGCUUGAAAAAAUUGGGAAGAAUAAAAUCUUCAAAGCUCUCUUCCUGUCCCAGAAGGCAUUGCUUUCCUACAAAAAGUAUCCUGUUACUGAAGAUGUUAAAAAGUUGCUUGAGGAGGCUGCAGCAUUAAUAGAGAAAGCAGGGCUUGAAGAGAAGAGGAUGCUGAGUUCUUCUGCCUUUGCAGUAAAAGCUUCAGGAAUGGAAAAUGGGUGUAGACCUCCUCCACCCCCUGUCUUGCUCUCCUGCAGAGACCAAACUUUGAUCUUCACCCCAGCGCCGUAUUACCUGGAAGAGCAGGUUUGCUGGUACCGUAUUUAUGGCAGAGAAGUAGAGGGAGUCAAUCUAAAGGUGCGCAUUGGAGACUGCCACCUGGUUGGCACAGGUGAAACGAUUCCGUCUAGAGGGGAGCGUUUGUUUUGUGUAAGUGGGCUUGAGCCCAACCAGAAGUAUGUCUUUGCCAUGGCUGCCUACGACGCUCAGGGUAACCUAAUCGGUAACAGCAUUGGAGAAACAUCCAGGCCUGUUCUUGCCUCUCUGCCUUUGCCUCUUUUAACAACCUGGGCUUACCUGGCUCAGGUGGCUUACCAAACAGGCCAAAAUGCACUAACCACAAAAGCCUGCAAUGAACUUUGGAGCCACUUUACCUUCCUGCCAGCAUCAGAUUCUGGAGUAUCUCAGGAGCCAGUAGAUGAGAGAGAGCCAGAUGGGCUUGCUCAAACAAGUCUUCACCAAAAGACCCUGCAGCUCUCGUCUUCCCUACUGCAGCAACUUUUUCUCACCUCCAUCUUCAUGCAGACUGACAUCCAUAUCCAAGAAAAAGCACUCUACUGUGACUCCCUUGCUGAUGGAACCCAGCUUAUCUGGGGACAGGAAAGUAGACUUGUAGAGUGUGAGAGGAUGAUGGUGGCUGUAGACUUGGCUCUACAUCUAAACGACAGCAGUACUGCCCUGCAGGCUGUAGUGACUUGCUAUGGACUCCUGGCUCCUCUAAUAUACUAUCAGAUCCCAUCAGAUCCUCUCAUUCAGGUCUUGCUAAAGUGUCUGAUUGUGCUUCAGGAGUUUCCAGAUGUGUUUAAACAGAAACGGCCUGCUGCUACUAAUGAAUCUCUGUACCACAUGGUGGCCUGUAUUACACACUAUGUAACCAAGGGCCUGCGAGCCCUGAAUGACAAUGAUAUGGCAUCAUCAGUCAUUAAAAUGGGAAAGAAGCACAUGCAAGAGAUGAGUGAGAGCCUCCAGCAGUCCACCAGCAAGUCUGCACCAGUGGAGAAAGAUCAGGCAGAGAAACUCCAGAAGAAGGGAAUGUCUGUUCAUGAGACAGAGCUCAGUAAGCAGAUGGAGGCUUUGGAGGCUGUUACCUUCAAGCACAAGAAAGUGCUUUUGAAUUGUGAACUCACAGCCCUUAAUGAAGCAGAUGGUGGUCAUGAUCCUGUCCUGGCUGAACUGGAAGACCCUGCAUUGCUCUACACCAUUAUUGGUUCUAGCUCUCUCUGUGACGCCUUCAAAUAUGUAAUGAAGUUUAAAUCGAAGCCUUUCUUCAUGGAGUUUGCUGUGCUCCUGCUGCAAAGGGCCUUAAAGGAGGACCAGCUGGAGCUGCUGCUACAGUGGAAACAAGAGAUCUUCAGCUGGAUUAGCUGGCGAAAUGAAGGUUUGACCCCAUCAAAGAAGCAUGACAAGAAAUUGGGGAAGGAUCAGGAGAAAUACACAACAUCUGUGAUAGAAUACACUUAUAAAAAGCAGAAAAUUAGCAGUUUUUCGAGUGAUAAAAAGAAGAAGAAGUCACAGAAAGCUACUUUGAUCCCAGGAUUCGACAGCUCUGAGACAGAUUCCAAGGCAUGGGAGACCCUACUGAAGCCGCUGGGUUCAGUCAUCAGGAGGCACCAGCAGCGGAAGAAGCUAAGACGGCUCUGCUCGAAUGCGUGGCCCUGGCCCUGCCACAUCAACCUGAUAAUGGCUCAAGCCUAUCUGGGUCUGCUGAGAAAGAGCCUGCAGCCCCAGAGCAUAACAUCUCUACAGAAUCGGUACAGCAAGAUGCCUCUGCACUUCUUCUCCCUCGCCCAUACUGGAACACUGCUAAAAUGGAAUAACAUUCCCAAACUGUAUCAUCAAAUCACCAAAGCCAAUCCACAACCCAAACACAGGGCCUUCAUCCAUAAUGUUCCUCACAAAGUAAAGGAUUCUAAUCAGGGAGAUCCAGACCUCACUGAAGAGGGGUUUAUGGAAACUGUAAUGGACAGCGAGCUGGACUAUGCUCGCACACAGCUGACCAAUGAUUCAGGAAGCACUGAACCAGCUGUAGAUGUUGCUCCUCCCUCACAGCGUAUUCUCUUACAGCCACUGUACACAAUCUACAAAGCCUCAUUACACCUCAGGAGAACAAUGGUGCUGGCUCAUCGCGGAGCACUUUGGACAUCUCUGCAGUUCGCAUGUGCGACCCUGUGGGAUCAUUACCGCACCAUAGCGUUGCUAGUGGAGUGCAGCCAAAGCCAUAAUUCUCCUAGCAUGUUGACGCUGGAUCAGUUCUACACAGUCUUUACUCCCCUGCUGGUUCUGGCUUCAGAGCUGCUCAUGGACAUGAUGGAGAAGCUGCAGCAGUGGAAGGUGUAUGAUGAGGAACCUGAUGAGUUAGAGGCCACGCCUCUGAGUAAUGGACUGCUGAUGGACCUGUGCUGGUUAAAAAACCUGGUACUGCAUACCCUGGAACUCCUGCACUACCAGGCCAAGUGGGAAACUCUUGCCCACCUUGCCCUGCUCUACAACUCCUAUACACGUGAGCACCACACUCAUGUGAUAACCCCUUUACUGGUGCACGCUCAGAGAAGACUGCUAGAAAGGAUCAGUCACUUUGGAGGUUCUUCAGUUCCUCAGCCUCACUUCAUCUAUACUGAAUCAGUUACUGGAGAAAAGAUCACCUGUAGAAACUAUGCAGGCAAACAGUUGCUUUUGCCUCAUCCCAUCAUUGACGAGAGCGCGCACAAGGGGAUCUCAAGCAAUGCGGCCACUCAACCUUUAGCAGAUGUAAAAAGAGCCAUGUGUUUGGUGUCUGUGCCCCUGGAUAUUGAGGACACUUUAUGCUGUUUUAGAGAGUCACUGGCCAAAAAACACCAUACAAUUCACGCUUUCCAGCACAGUCGCACAUUGCUCCUACGUUUGCUGGCUGACACACAGCACUCAAAAGAGGUGCCAUUCUGUGAGGAGUCAGACAGACCGGAGUUGAACAUGGCAACCAGCGGUGCACCGUCUAUCGGUCCUCCAGAUCUGUCCAGCGAGGACUACAGCUUUGUGCAUGCUGUGUACAGCUCCACUCUGCCUUCAUCACACAUCCAGACUGUCAUUUCUUCCUACAGCAGCUCUAUCAAAUAUCUUCAGGCAAAUCAUUAUAACUCAUUACAAAUUCAAGCCCUGCACGAUCUUGGAAACCUGCACUACUACAACAGGAAUUACAAGGCUGCUCACCUACAGUGGAGUAAAGCUGUCGACUGCGCUCUGCAGACCUCAAAAGUGCUGGAAUCAUGGGAUGGUGAUUCAUGGGGAAGCAGCUCCUCUCAGCAGCCCCUGAAGCAUGCAGGGAUAUGGGGUUGUCUUCAAGGAGCAUUGUUUUCUGCCAAGAUUGCUCAAUAUAUCUUGACAUCUAAUAUCAACCAGCGUACACAGUGCUGUCUGCUUUCUGCCAAACUCUUUAAGUGUCUGCUGAUGGCGUCCCUGCCCCAUCCCGAUAAUGAUAUAGAAUAUGCAUCUUACUCGCUGAGCAUGAAGCUCAUCCCUGGAGUGGACAUCUUCUCAGAUCAGAGUCUUGUCAGCAACACUGUGGCCAGCCUGGGCUUUUUGUGUCACUGGCUCUACACAUCAGGACAUCACCUCACAACUCUUCCUCUACUGGCUCUCUAUCAGUAUGUAGCCAGCAAGGUGUGUCGUGACACUAAACUCACUGUAGGCUGCAGAAUACUAAAGGUGAAGGUGUUGACAGAGCUGAGUAUGUUUGGUGAGGCGGUACGAGAGAUCCACAGUCUCACAUUUGAGAAAGUCCCCUUUACUCAUUGUGGUUACACUGGAUCAGAGAAAGCUAUGACACAGGAGAAGUUCAGAAAUAGCAUGCCACUUGUGGAUCCUACUAAUCUUCAGGUUCUUGAGAAGCUUUUGAACAGCAGACUCACUGAAGACAUGAUUGCUUUAUAUGGAACCAGACUGACCCAUCGACUCCUUCUGGCUAAAAUUCAGCUCAUUUUGGCCAUGUGUAGCAUGAUUCAUGAUUUACCUGAACCACUUUCAGACGUGUUAGAGACACCUGAAGUGGAUGAGUCUUCCAGCAUGAAAAACAGGGAGUCCACAGGCCUGUGGUUAGAUUUCCAGAAGGACAAGCUUACCCAAGGACAAGUCAAGGCUGUGCUACUGAAGGAGGCCUCUAAGCAGUUAAAUUUUAAGCUGUUUACCCUGGACCACAUCAACACAGACCCUGAAGAGCUGGAGCUGGCCGUGGAAACCAGACUGCUGUUGUCUAAUCUCAAGUUGCAGCAGGGCAAAAGUGCAUCUAGUGCAGAUCUGACAGCCUCCGCUUUAAGGUUACUUCAGGACUCAACUUUUUUCCAGAGUGACGAUACCAAGGAGGGUUCCCCCAGAAAACCACUCUAUCUAUCUGUGCCUAUUAACAGAGCCAAACAGGAGCAGAAGAGCAUGCAGGAAUCGGACCCUUCACCUCAGCUGUGUGAUAUGCCUGAUGCAGUGAAUGCUUUAGAGCGCAUGGGCUGCUCACUCUGGUUGCGCUGCACUUUGGCUUUGAUCCAGAGCCUCACUGCGCACAUCCCUGGCACUGCUAUCUGCCCAGGUGUGGACAGCAGUGUGGAGGCUGAGAGGUUGCUAAAGCAAGGUCUUGAUAAAGCUGAGGAAUGUGGAGACCCAGACACUCAGGCCCUACUACUGCUGCAGGGUGUCACACUAAACACACAUCGUGGGGGAGCACCAGAGAAAAGUGCCUCUUUAUUACAGGAAGCUGUAAGUUUGCUGUCCGGGCGUAAAGCCCUUUCACAUCGCUCUGGUCUGGUCCUUGCCAAGUGCACUUUGCUAUUAAGUGAAUUGAGAGGUUCAGGUGGCCAGUCACUUGACCUGCUUACUCAGAAACUACUGCAGCAGCAGCUAAAUACUUUAGGGGAGUGUGUCAUCCUGAAAGCAGGUGGAGGGAUAGGGCUUGCUCCCACUCACAGUUUAAGGAAUGUUUACCUCCCACAGCUCCCUCUACUGGCCAGGACAACCAUGCACCUGGGUCAGUGUUUGGCCAUGCAAGCCAUGGCAGGCUUCUCUGAAGAGAAAGAACAUGUGAAGUCGUGGCUCUUGGCUGAUGAGGUCCUGCAGUCUGCACUCACCAUCUCACAGGCUUCGGCCAGCAGGGACCUUCAGCUGGAGGCUGACAUCCUGUAUCUUAAAGGACUUUUGGGACGAUUUUUAACGUCAGAGAGAGAACUGCAGUUCCAGACAGUGGUAGAAACGUUCCUGGAGAGCAUCACACUUACUCAUUCCUACAGCUAUAACUUGAAGUUGAUCCACAGUUGCUUUAUGGAGAUGUCUUUAAUAUACCUGCAACAGUGGGAGAGAAGCACAACUGCUCCUGAUGAACCAUCACCCCCAUUAAUACCAGCUAAUUAUGACAAGACCAAAGCUUUGAACCUUGUGAAGGCUACUUUGAGUGAAAAAACUGUGACUCCCAGUCAUUUGGUUCUCUUCUGGGUUUGUCUGAGAGCUGCAUCCAAGACUAGAGAAACUCUUACAAAUUGUGACCAACUGUCUGGCAUCACUGGAGCUGUAGAAGGGCAUCUUCCUCUCGUGUCACUGAGAGCUCUGCCUGAUUUUGCCUCCAACGAUCUACUUAAUCCUUGUGGUGGAAUGGAGAACCUUGAUAUUAGGGACACCACUACAAAUUCAGAUGCAGACAGUGGACUAAGCAAUGAUAAGCUCUCUAAGAUCACCUGGGUGCAUCUCUCCAGAUACUUUUCACAUCUGCUCAAUCUGAGGCGCAUCUCCACAAAGACAAUGAUGGAAAAGUGUGAGGAGAAGUUUAUGUUGGCAGCUGGUGAUUCUAGUUUAACUCUUAAACUAGCCCAGCUACAUGCCUUCUUCAGUGGUCACCUAGAAUCCUACAAAGAUCAAUGUGUUAUAUCUGAUCCUCCAGCUGCUUUUAUCCUAGAGCCUCACAACAUACAGCUGUCUCAUCUCAAGAAGCCUGUACCAGACUUGUAUCCAUGGGCUGCUCUAGACACACAGCAGCUGUGCAUCCAAUGGCACUGUCCCACACUGGAACUCAACAGUCCUUCACCCAACAUGAUGAUGCUGGUUUUUGCGAUGAAUAAAACACCACCAUCUCCUGUGCAACCCAAUGAGAAGGCUGUUGUUGAAUUAGAGGCUGGACACAGACUCAUCUCUGCAGACAGUGUAAAAGCUCUUCAUGGACAGUUGAUGGUGGCAUGCAUGGAGACUGAAGUGAAUUUGACUGUUUCUACCUCACCUGGAUUAAGCAGCACCUCCUCCAUCAGCCACAAACAAGAGAGUCAGCAGAGCAGUAAGAGCCCUGUUAAAGUCAGCAGCUCCAGCUCAAGUCUGCAUCAACAGAUGCUGAUGAAGAAGAUUAAACAGAUCUUUACUGAGAUACAGAAUUUACUGAAGCCUGACUUUAAAUCUCAUCUAGAGGUAUCCUUUGAGCCAAGUAUUCAGAAUUUAAUUCAGCUGGAGCGCUGCUUUAAUCCUGCGACAGGAGGCACUUUGGAGGACAGAGAUCUGAGUGACUGGCUCUUCUCACUUCUUAGCUAACAUGACAAUACAAACAUCAAUUAUGUAGUUGUCUAAUGGUAAAAAAUAGCUAAAAGCACAAAACAUACACAAUUUUCCACGCACCAUAAAUGUGGUCAACUGGUGGACUUUUGCAUCUACAUUAGACCAAUGUAGCUAACAAGUUGAAGUAAAUUUAAUCCAAAGUCAUUUCUGUUAAUUUUUGGAUGUUUGAUGUGGCACUUUGAUAGCACUGCUUGGGAUUCAAAGCCUGGAUACCAGCAGAAGUGUGCUAGCAUAAUUGGCCACUGCACUAUCUAAGUAAAAUAAAGAUUAUAUAUUAUUAAAUACCAUUCUGCAAAUGACUAAUUAAAAACACAAUUAUAAAUCUGUUGUCGUUAUAGAUGUCAUUAAUAAAACUUAAGUUUACAAGCCA